GAGGACACCCGUCGUAGGCAGCAACAACAAGCGCGCGGCGUUUUUUCCCUUGAGAAAUAGAAACAAAGAAAAGAAAAUGGAAGCAGAGAGAGAGAGAGAGAGAGAGUUUGAUAUAUAGUUUCACUUUUUAGAGAGAGAUUGAUAGUUUUCUGGAGAGAGAAGGAGAGAGCAAACAAUCUCCUGUGAGCUCUGUUACCCUAAAACAGGCGUGCUGCUUUUGUUCUAAAAGAGGAAGUUGAAUCCAUAUUCCCCCUUCAUUCCUUGAAGAGGUAAGAACCUAUACAUGAGUCCGUCUCUGGAUCCAGUCGAAAGAAACCAAAAUAAGCCCCCUAUUGGUAUUCGAUUCUUAGAAUGGGUAAAGAAGAGAAGGCUUUCCUACGGAACCCACCAAGCCAUUGUCUUGAUCGUUACAUUUUUGGCAUACGCGAGCUACCAUGCUGCUCGAAAAACCACGAGCAUUGUCAAGAGCACCCUUGACCCAUCUGAGGUGGGGUUAAAGUUUGUCCCUUGGAGGAUUACUUACUCAAAUGAACCAGUUGAAAGAAAAAGAUUUUCGUGGAAACUUGGAGAAGGUUGGGCUCCAUUUGAUGCCUCAGACGGAACAGCCUUGCUUGGUGAACUAGACUUGGCUUUCCUUGCUAUAUAUGCCAUAGGAAUGUUCUUUUCAGGGCACCUAGGUGAUAGGAUGAAUUUAAGGAUCUUUUUGACUAUAGGAAUGGUUGGAACUGGUAUAUUUACGUCAUUAUUUGGCGUUGGAUUUUGGGCAAAUGUGCACAACUUUUACUACUACUUGAUAGUGCAAAUGCUUGCUGGCCUGUUCCAAUCAACUGGAUGGCCUUCGGUGGUUGCGGUGGUUGGUAAUUGGUUUGGGAAGAGGAAGAGAGGGCUAAUUAUGGGUAUAUGGAAUGCCCACACUUCUGUUGGGAAUAUUUCAGGCUCUUUGAUUGCCGCUGCGAUGUUGAGCUAUGGGUGGGGCUGGUCUUUUGUUGUGCCUGGUCUCGUUAUUGCUUUUGCUGGCCUGCUUGUGUUUUUGUUACUGCCUGUUAGUCCCGAAGCUGUUGGAGCUAAUAAAGAUGAAGAUGAAUUGGAUUCUCCAGAUAAAGCUGGGGAGGGAGUUACAGAGCCUCUUUUGGCGUCGGACCCUGAUGUUAAACAGGAAGCUGUGGGGUUCAUUGAAGCGUGGAAAAUACCUGGAGUUGCUCCAUUUGCUCUUUGCCUAUUUUUCUCCAAACUGGUGGCCUAUACUUUUCUCUACUGGCUUCCUUUCUACAUUAGCCAGACAGCCAUUGACGGAAAGUACUUAUCCGAUGGAACUUGUGGAAACUUGUCAACGUUUUUUGAUGUUGGAGGGGUGGUUGGGGGAAUUUUAGCUGGUCACAUUUCUGAUCGCCUCGAUGCCAGAGCAAUUACAGCAGCAAGCUUCAUGUACUGUGCCAUCCCUGCUCUCUUUUUCUACAGGAGCUAUGGACACCUUUCCUUGGGUUUAAACAUUGCUCUUAUGUUCAUUACUGGCAUGUUUGUGAACGGCCCUUAUGCUCUUAUAACAACGGCUGUCUCGGCUGACUUGGGAACUCACAGUUCCUUGAAGGGGAACUCAAGGGCAUUGGCCACUGUUACGGCAAUCAUAGAUGGAACAGGCUCGGUCGGAGCUGCAAUUGGACCUUUGUUAACAGGUUACAUUUCUUCUAAGAGCUGGAGUGCAGUUUUUACAAUGUUAAUGGCUGCAGCUUUAGUUGCAGGUUUGCUAUUGACGAGACUUAUUGUGGCUGAAGUGGCUGCAAAGAUUGCUGAAUCAAGGUCUCAAGGAUCUACAUCAAUAGCACCAGCUGCUGCACUUGAUGUGUGAUUUAUAGAGGGAGGAAAACUGGGGCUAUACUUAUAUUUGCUUGUGUGAUUAUCAGAGUGUUUUAUGAGCUCUGCUGAUUAAAAUGACGAGGAAAAAUCCUCUUGAUAUGUACGAGGAUGGGAGAGGAUGUUUUUAAACCUUCUCCAUGAUAUACGGCUGGGAAAAGUGGAAGUAGGAGAGGGGCUGUCCUACUGUUUGUGUAUAUAUGUACAUUCUUUUGCAUAUUAUGUAUCAAUUUAAGCAAUGCAGCAUUGCCCAGAAGGAAACUUUUUAAGAUUAUUGAAUACUUUCU